AUGCCGGCGCCGGCGGCCGAGCCGCCGCGGGGGCCCGCGUGCGCGCCGCUGUCCCGGGCCGAGGCGCUGCUGGCGGCCGCCGCGCUGCUGGCGCUGCUGUCGGGCGCCCUGGCGCUGCUGGCGGUGUACCGCGUGGCCGCCCUGCAGGGGGACCUGCGGGGCCUGCGGGCCGACCUGCGGCAGCGCCGGGCUGGGUCUCCCCGGACGGCCCCCGACGCCGGCCCCUAACCCGCGCCGUCUCUGUUCCAGGCGAUCGUGGCCCUGGCGGCGGCGGCGGGACGGAGCAACGGCAGCCGGAGCGCCCGGCCCAGGCGCGCCCUGGAGGGCGCGGAGGAGGCCGUCUCCCAAGACUGCCUGCAGCUGAUCGCAGACAGUGACACGCCCACUAUCCGCAAAGGCUCUUACACGUUUGUUCCGUGGCUACUCAGCUUUAAAAGAGGCAGAGCCCUAGAAGAAAGAGAGAAUAAAAUUGUAGUGAGGGAAACUGGUUACUUCUUUAUUUAUGGUCAGGUUUUGUACACCGAUAACACCUUUGCCAUGGGACACCUAAUACAGAGGAAGAAAGUCCAUGUCUUUGGAGAUGAGUUGAGCCUGGUGACUUUGUUCCGAUGCAUUCAGAAUAUGCCUGAAACACUACCCAAUAAUUCCUGCUAUUCAGCUGGCAUUGCCAAGCUGGAAGAGGGAGAUGAGCUCCAACUCGCGAUACCCCGGGAAAAUGCACAGAUAUCACUGGACGGGGACGGCACCUUCUUUGGAGCUCUGAAACUGAUGUGACCUCUUUACUCUGUGUCCCUGGCUCCUUCCUCGCUGUCUCUGCACCUUGCCUCGAAAUACCAGAAGGGGAAAGUGUAGCAACCAUGCCUGCCCAGCCCGCUAUUUGUUUGGGUUUGCUAAAACUGAUCCAAAACAGGAAAUUUCACAGACGAACUCAGCCAAAGAGUGUCAUGUGAAUUACGAGAAACAGUGCUGGUGUUCCGAAAGGCAGAAUCAGGAAGACGUUUCUCGGUGGAUCUGCACACAGCUCGGUGGAUCUGCACACAACUCUGCAAUCCUAGCUGGUUUGUUUUUUGUUUGUUUUUUUUUUUUAAGCAAGAAAACCAUUCAAAGCCAUCAGGAUGUCUUCAACAGUAGAGAUCAAGACAUGGAAACAUAGCGCUUGUGAAUGAAUUAUUGCUACUUUUCAAUGAGAACUUCAUGAACAGAAAUUGUAAUAAUCCUACAUUCGCCGUUUCUGAACACAUGCCCAAGUGUAUGUGACCGUAAGAUUCAUCUCAUUUCGUGGCAAGGAAUCUCCCUCUUUUUCUCUCCAUAUUGUGGAAAGAUACUAUUCAAUAUUAAAUCAGCACACUGAAAAUAGGAUCCACAUAAUAUUUAAUUAUUUUUCAGUUUAGCUCAUCUUGCGAAUUUUAUAUCUAAAUUUAUCUGCUAUCCAGGCAUUUUUGUGGGAUGGGAGAAUGUCUUCAGUUGUAUAUACAGAUAGGUAUUUUUAUAGUCCAUUGCAGUUACUUCAGAAACUUUCAAUGGAGGACAAAAUUGAAAAGUAGCUAUAAUAGCACAGGAAAAUUAAACUGUGUAGAAGUUAGUGAGUAUAUUUAGGAUAAUAUAAUUUCCCUCUAUUUCCAGUUCUUCUGUUUCAGACUACUGCCAGCUUUAAAAAAAAAAAAACUUUCCACAUUAUUUGCUUUACAAAUCUGAGUGCUCACCAAAGCUCUCAGCAUCCUGUGGUAAGGAAAAGGUUCUUCCU